AUGAACGGCCGUCUUCUCUGUCUUCUCUCCGUUCUCUCCGUCUCCUCUUCGGCGUUGAUUGACGAUUCGCGAAUGGAGGAGAUCGAGUGUGAGUUUUACGGAAACUUAAAAAAAAAAAACGAUUUGAUCGCUACGUUUUUUUUCGAGUUUAAAAGCGUAAUAGCAGAUUUCAGGCUCAAUCGUCGCCAUUUUGUCCGAUCAAAUCGAAGAAUCGGCGGCGUGCAAUCUGAAACAUCUUCUGAAAAACGAUCCGCUGUUCAAGCCGCUCAUUCAGACGAACGUGCACAAGAAGAGGAGUGCGUACGAGAUUGUCGGAGUGCACAGUGAGUACGAGCAGAAAAACUAGCUUUUUCCCUGCAGAAUGAGCCUAGAAACGUUAGCCUCACGGUCUCCCACGGCGCGAAUGAUUUCGAUGGGGCGCACUUGCAACAGGCGGGCUGUGUCGAUUUACGCGGCGGCCGAUUAAUUAAUUUUCAACGGGAGGCCGCGUUCUUUCCAUGUUUUCUGUACAAUACACCUAUUUUUUGUACGCCUGGAACUUGGUAUUGAAUAGUUAGAGCACUAGCUACGUUUUGGUUAAAGAAAUCUCGCAUAUCGUUGAGAAUUAGCCGAGUUAUUUCGAUUUGAAGGUUUUCGCCUGGAUUUUGAUGGUUUUCGAAUAGUUUUCGAAAACUGCUCAAGAAAACUAACCGCCGGAACCUGAAUUUUGUAAAGAAAGAUUCAGCGAACAUUUUUAUCGUUCGUUGGGCUCAUGAAAUGCAAAAUGAGCGGAAAUAUAAAGGUUUGAAGUUUUGACGAAAUGCGAAAAAGACGCUAAAAACAUUGAAAACUCUAAACUCUGUAAAGCACGGUUUCCAAUCAGUAAAAUAUUGUUUUCUAGACGUUUUUCAAGUCAAAAAGAUAGAAAUAAAGGUCGUAAACUCGAAUUUAAGUGCAUUUUUAGACCUGCAAAUUUUCAAAAGUUACAACGACACUCCGCAAUUUACGAGCGCACUGUGUUUAGCAUUAGCGCCCUGGGAGACCGUGAGCCUGUAGUUGUUUAAAGGCGCAGCACUCUCAACAAUUCACUUUUCCGGAAUUAUUCAGUUUUGACCAUACAUCUCCCGAAUCGCAUUCUUCUGCGUGUUUUGGAAGCCAUAAACUUUCAACCACCGCUUGUAAUUACACACUUCGAGUCUUGUAAGAUGGCCGAUCAAGGUUGGCUGAAAAACCAGUUGGCGCGCGCGCGCGCGCGCACGCAAGAAUGACGUGGAUUGUGCCCUUCUCGUACACUCCGUACUUUCCAGCGUGCGAAGAAAACGAGCCGUGCCGUGUGGGCCGAGCCCGAUCGUGCCUCUGCCCGGAAGACUUUGUCUGCGACACGACGCCCGCCAACAAGGACGUUCAUUUGUGCGUCAAACUCGGCUACCUUCGGAUGUUCGGCCUGUAA